AUCACUUUGGACCUUCCUUUCGCAAUGUCGCUCUCCUUUCCUUCACUUCACAUCUUUGCCAUUGGACUCUCUCCCCAUCCAUGUUUUCUCGAGUAAAUCAACUCGCUCGCCAUCUUUCGCGACCACUCCCCAACUACCUCCACAACUCCGCAGCUCGAACAACCAGCUCCAUCUUGACGUCACGCACAAUGGCAGCCGAACGAAGCAAACGACAAAUCCACACAGCAGCAUGCCUAAUCAUAGGCGAUGAAGUCCUCGGCGGCAAGACCGUCGACACCAACUCCGCCUACUUGGCCAAAUUCUGCUUCUCCCUCGGCAUAGCCCUCAAACGCGUCGAAGUCAUCGCCGACGAUGAAUCCGAAAUCGUGGAAGCCGCCCGCCGCAUGUCCCACACCUACGACUUCGUCGUCACAUCCGGUGGAAUUGGUCCCACCCACGACGAUAUCACCUACGCUUCCAUCGCCAAAGCUUUCGAUCUCCCCUUAGUCCUCCACGAAGAAGCUUACACGAAAAUGAAAGCUCUAUCACGACCACAUCCGAGUCAGAAAGAUUUUAGCUGGGAUGUGGAUUCUCCUGCACGAAGGGCGAAGUUGAGGAUGAUACAGUUGCCGUAUGAUAAGAACUUGCCGGAUGAGGAUCAGGUCGUUUUUACGGCAGAGGAUCUGUGGGUUCCGAUUUCGGUUGUUAAUGGGAAUGUGCAUAUUUUGCCUGGGAUUCCGAGGCUGUUUGAGAAGUUAUUGCAAGGGCUGAAGCCGAGGAUUUUGCCUCGACUUGUGGAUCCUGAGGGGAAGGGAGUGCAUAGGAUAUUGUUCUCGACGCCGCUGGCAGAGAGUGCGGUGGCGGAAUACUUGACAGAGCUGUCUCAAAAGGUGGAGAGUAAGGGGAUCAAGGUGGGGAGUUAUCCACGAUGGGGUAAGAGUCGGAAUACUGUGACGUUGGUGGGUAAGGAUAAGGAGUACAUGGAGACUCUGGUUGCAGAGGUGGAGAAGGGUGUUGAAGGGAAGAGAGUGCAGGUGGAAGGAGAGGACGACGACGCUGGGAGCGACAAGGAUACAUGAACAUGAAGACAGUCGGUCAGUCCGGACCAUGAAUGAAGUAAUGAGAUUGCCGGGAGCGAACAACUCGCGAAAUGCGACAUCCUGUACAUGUGCUGAGUACGUAUAAACACUUGCUAGAUGGUCAAGACUUUACGAUGCAACAGGUUUCCGCUCUUUUGGCCCUACAGAA